AUGGCCCGUACCAAGCAGACCGCUCGGAAAUCCACCGGAGGAAAGGCCCCGCGUAAGCAGCUGGCCACCAAGGCAGCCCGUAAGAGCGCACCAUCGACCGGAGGCGUGAAGAAGCCGCAUCGUUAUCGCCCGGGAACGGUGGCUCUACGUGAAAUCCGUCGUUACCAGAAGUCGACCGAGCUGCUGAUCCGCAAGCUGCCGUUCCAGCGUCUGGUUCGUGAGAUUGCGCAGGAUUUCAAGACCGAUCUGCGUUUCCAGAGCGCGGCCGUUGCUGCUCUGCAAGAAGCCAGCGAGGCCUACUUGGUGGGCCUGUUCGAGGACACGAAUUUGUGCGCGAUUCACGCCAAACGCGUCACUAUCAUGCCCAAGGACAUUCAACUGGCUCGCCGUAUCCGCGGAGAGCCUUCUACCGCCAGUGAAACAACUGAUUUCUCAGCAGAAAUGGCCCGUACCAAGCAGACCGCUCGGAAAUCCACCGGAGGAAAGGCCCCGCGUAAGCAGCUGGCCACCAAGGCAGCCCGUAAGAGCGCACCAUCGACCGGAGGCGUAAAGAAGCCGCAUCGUUAUCGCCCGGGAACGGUGGCUCUACGUGAAAUCCGUCGUUACCAGAAGUCGACCGAGCUGCUGAUCCGCAAGCUGCCGUUCCAGCGUCUGGUUCGUGAGAUUGCGCAGGAUUUCAAGACCGAUCUGCGUUUCCAGAGCGCGGCCGUUGCUGCCCUGCAAGAAGCCAGCGAGGCCUACUUGGUGGGCCUGUUCGAGGACACGAAUUUGUGCGCGAUUCACGCCAAGCGCGUCACCAUCAUGCCCAAGGACAUUCAGCUGGCUCGCCGUAUCCGUGGAGAGCGCGCUUAAACUGUAAAUCACUGCUCCAUUAACAAAACU